AAAAAAAAAACAAACCUCACUCAUUUAAUGCGGUUUUUGUUGCCAAAGACAUUUUGAGUGGAAUUGGUUGGGUUGGCUGGUUGGCUGAUGGCGAUGGCUUGGUGCGGCUCGAGCCCGCGCGUAUAGCCUGUGAAAAAUGGAUAAUUAUGCAGAAAUGUUUUCACUUUUUUAUCAUUCUUGUAUAAGUGUGCGUGUGUGUGUGUCUAUGAGUACAAGUAUUUGUAUAAUGGUACUUGGUUUAAGUCAUCUGAAAGAAAUAACAAACGAUGACAUCCGACACACUGUCUCCAUAUGCCAGUCUUUUGUCAAUUAAGAAAAUAAAAAUUUUUACUAAAGAUUAUUAAAGAUGACGGCCUAAAGUAAUAAUAAUUUACGUUUUAUGUCAUCAUCCGCACAAAACCAGCGAAUGAACGAUUGCCUAACAAUUUACACAAUAUACGACUUUUUCAAUGUAAUAAUCAUAACAUUCAAAAAAGAAAAGAAAAACAAACGAGGGCAACAAAACAUAUCAAUCGGUCGGUAUGCAUAUCGUAUCAAUCGUACAAAUUACUCUGCCUACAUUGUAUUUGCUAUUAAUUGUAGUAUUUAAUUUAUCACAAUCUGCUAGCGGUGUUGCCCCAGCGCCAGUUGUUUAUUUAGUGCCGCCUCCUCUGCCAUCGUUACCACAAUUUAAUUAUGCCAAAGCAUUCAAUUUUAAGACCAAUGAGUUUCAAACUUCCCCACUAUCCAGCAGUAAUAAUCAAUCGUCAUCUAAAUCUCCUGAGCAAUCUCCUGGUUUUAUGACACGCGUAGCCCGAUGGUUUGGUUUUUCUAAUGGCAAACCUCAAAUUCCGGAUUCAAAUAUGCCAGCUGCGUCGAACAAACAGUUGUAUAGUUAUCCUAAACCUCAGCAAUAUGACGCCAAUGGUAAAGAGCUUUGUAAUUUGUGCAAUAAAUAUCCCUGGAUGCCGAUGUUUCCCAAUAGCGUACACUUUGCUCAAACUAAUCAAUGGGCUCCUCAAGCCGCCGUGCAUGGAGCAAAAUCCACUCAGGAGUUGCAACAAGCGUCUUCUAUAGUAAAACAGAGAGCGGUGCAAUUUCAUUUUCCUCAUCCGAAUUUCUUCCAUAUACCAAACAAUAAUCCCAAAAAUUUUCUUCAAAAACCAUAUCCUUCGGGACCAUUUCUACCCAUAGUUACGCCCAAUUUUAAUAGUCCAGCUGUGGCGCCGAAAUUCCAAUCUCAAUCAUACCGUCCAAGCUCUGCGCCAUACUUUCAACAAUUACCGUCAACGGAACCAGCUCACUUCCAUCAGAAUGUGGCCGCUUCCUCAGAAAUACAUUCGAAUACCCUUAGACCAAAUCACAUAUUUUCAACGGUCACGCCUCAAAGGGAUUCCACAUUUGAGAUUGUAAAAAGUCAUGAGCUAACGGAAUUUGUAUCUUCCAUAGAAUAUCCAGCAACGUUCGUACAUACUAAGGCCAUCGAUAUAAAUAUGGUUAGCAGUACUACUAUGCCGCCUAACCACAAGCCAGAUACAGACGCGUAUUCAGAUACUAGUACGGGACGUUAUCUCUAUGAAACACUUAAUCCAAAUUUAAAUGACCACGUACCAGCUUCGCAAAUCAUUACCGAGCCCGGUAGUUUUAUCAACGACGUGGCGCUUUCUGCCGACAUCUCGCAGUCUACAAAGUCCUCGCCAACUUAUAAUGGGCAAGACAAUGCGCCUACAUCACCACAAUUCUCCAGUCAAGCUUUUAUGUACGAUAUAGAUAAUUUUCCAGCGGCUUCAUCGCAAAAUGUCACCAUACUGCAGCAAUCUGCAGACCCGUGGCCUCUAGAAUCUAAGGAAUUCUUUUUUUCCACUACCCCAUCCGAAAAUGUAUUUAGCCAAGAAGAAGAAACCACUACUCAAACUACAAUCACGGAAACUGAAUCUACUGAGAGCUCUCGAGAGAACAUUGUGGAUCUUAUAGCUUCCAUACAAACCGAUAUACAGCGUCUCAAGCAAGAUACAUCAAAUGCGUUAAGUUUCAAAACGCGACAGCGUGAAACACCAAAACGUUUAUUGGAUUCCCCUAUACAACAUGUGGGGGAGAAAGAGGGAGCUCCUAGGCCUUUUACAAAAGACCCAUCCAGUUUGGGUUUUCGUUCAACAGAUAUUAACCAAAAAUUUUCGCAGGCAGUUAUUAAUACUAAGGGCGGCCAUACACAACCAUGGCUCCCGUAUACCGUAUCAUCUGCUGCCACCACAUCGACGUCGACCUAUAGGGCAAUUGAGGCUAGUAGGGAUUUUGUUGGCACAUCUCCAACUGGAUUACCAACGCUAAUUGACAACAAGCUUAGUAAAUAUUCUAUACCGUAUGCAACCAAGAUAAAGCCUCGACCUUUUGAAAGCACACGUGACAGCGCAAUCACUAAAGAUCCCUUAGCCGGAUUAUAUAGUCAUCUGAAUGAACUGCAUACUCCGCAAGAAUCUAUGUUAAUAGGAGUUAAAGCUCAGGGUGUUCCUUUCUCUUCCAAUACAACUCCUUCGCCGAGAAAUACGAAAUAUUUAACAAAAAUUUUAGCUUCAAAUUUACGGGAACUUCUACAGCGGGAACUUGAAGUGAAUCCAAGGAAUAAAUCAUUACCAGCGAACGGUUUGAGCUUCGAUAUUUCAAAACUGCAAAAAAAUAUUGAUGGUUGGACGGAGCAGGAAUACACUUCGCUCUCGCAUAGACCUAGUACACCUACUAUAGGAGGACGAUCGAAGAAAAUACCUUCGGAGUAUUUGCCCACCACAACGACCACGACAACGACAACGACGAUGAAACCGCAACGUCAGUCAAAAACCACAAAAGAAUUUGAAAGCUCCCCUGGACUUCCUAUCUCUAUUAAUAACUUGGAGCCUUUAUUGCAAGAUAGAGGAUCUAUAAAGUUUCACUACACCCCCAUAGAAGACAAUCAUUUACAGGAUACCGAUGAGAGAAAUGUCUUUAGCAAAAAUAAUACUCUGACAACGUUUAUAAAUUCUAGCACUGCCAAAUCAAUAACAACUACUACCGAUACGUUAACAUAUAUAAGAAAUAUUGCAGCUCAAGAGGAAUCAAGGGAAUUAUGGAAGAAAGCCCAGGUGACGAUAUCACCGCAAACUAAGGAAAAAGUUUAUGUUGUUACACCGCAGCCGCGCUUUCAUCCGCGGACUUUUAGCGAACAGUUUUUCACCGGUCUCGGCAGUGCCUUUAAGUCACCCAGAUUUGUGGUUAGGCCUACACCAGGCAACGCAAGUAAUUUAACAAAAUUUUUAGACACAAACAAUAAUAAGAGCUCAGCGAAAAGUUUACAACAAAUGCUGUUCGGAUCUGAUCUAUUCGGGCUCAAGGGCUUAUCAACUUACACGUCCAAGCAACCGGUCGAGAUAAUUGGUGGCAAUUCGAAAGUUAUCACGAUUGUUACGCCGCCUGAUAAUUUAGAGACGACAACAUCCGCAUCCGCAUCCGCCAAUAUAAUGGAUUUGACCAAAGGAAAACGUACAACUAGGAAACCCACAAUGUCACCAUCACCACGAUAAGCAAUAAUAGUUUUAUUAAUUGAAACCUUCUUUGCCUUCCCUCUAUCUCUCUCUCUCUCUCUCUCUAUCUCAUUAUUUCAUCAUUGUCUUCUAUUGUAUUAUAUUUCAUAGUGAAGUAUUUAUGUUUGUCCGAUUUCUAUCUAUAUGUAUACAUAUAUAAGAACAUUUUAAUUAAAUUCAAUUUAAUUUUAGUUUUAAUUAAACCAAAAGUUUUAAGUGACUUUUUAUAUGAAGAUAACAGCUAUUGUAAUAAGAGCAUGGUAUUCGGACUUAAGCCGAAUGAUGGAUUAUUAUCUGCCAUCUUCAGAUCUAUUAUAAAUAUAAAACGUCCUUAUUAACCGCAGUUAUCGAUGGUUAAAAUGAAUCCUCAGUUUAAUCCUAAACAUAUAUAUAUCGCGAUCAAAUUAUGAACAAUAAGCGGAAGGAGGAGAAAUGCUACGAGUUCGUCUUUACCCUUUAGUUUUAUAAAAAAAGUUGUUACCAAGUUAUUACUAAGUCGAUCUUAAAUCAAUCAUAAGUAACCGAAAUCAAAGAAUUCUGAUGAGAUUUAUUCUUAGCUUCUCAGUGCCACUGUAAAUGAUUUAUGAAAUACUUGUAACGGGCUGCGAUCUGCGUAAGCAUUCUAGAUGAGCAUGAAUAGCGGAAUCGAUUUAAGCAAACUCUAUUUUUCAUCUGCCCGCUGAAUAAAAGGAAGAAGAAACUGAAUCUCAAGUUUUGAUUUUUAUACCCACUACCAAAGGAUGAGCGGCAUAUUCAUUAUGUCGAAACGUUUGUAACGCCCGAAACGAGGCAUAAGAGAUCCUACAAAGUAUAACAUAUCCUUAAUCAGUGUGAAAUUCUAAAUCGAUUCAAGCAUGUCCGUCUGUCUGUCGGUCUAUCGGUAAUGUCUGUUGUAGAUC